CAGCGUCCGUUGAGCCUCAGAGUUGAGCGUCUUGUCAGUCAAGUUGAAGCAAUGUCUGCUUGGUUUGUGUCUGCGUUGCUGCUCUGUGCUCUGGUCAGAGCUCAGAGCCUCCAAGGAAGCAGUGAAGAUGAACUGACCUCCAGCGAUGCCUAUGAAGUGGAGGACGUAUCCCUGCAGCAGCUGAGGGACAUACUCUUCGCGCUGAGGUCGUCAGCUAGACGCCGAGCAUAUUCACCUGGUGAUGCGUCCUUGGCUCGUCUCGCUGAUUCUGGAACAAAGACGGGUUUAGACUCAAGACAGAUCGCAAGGAGAGUCUUAACAAGCAUUGGCGAGGCGUACGACCCCGACACAGGCGUCUUCACUGCCCCCGUCAGAGGUCUCUACCACUUCCUGUUGAACCGCAGUUCUGCAAGAUCUAGAAGCUCAGAUGCAGCUGUGCUGAAGAACGGCCGCGCGUUGGACGACAUCUAUAACAUGAGGGGCUUGUUGAGCAGCGCGUCCCACGAUGUGACGCUGGACCUGGAGCCAGGGGACCAGAUUUCCACCACCACUUACUCUACUUAGAUUUCCUUACUCUCCGAGUAAGAGGAGGCUGAGGACACUCACAGUCCAGAAACCAAAAUCACCAAAUCAAUGCAUCAUCAGCAGAGUCACAGGAGACGUCUCGAUAGGAGAGUCGAGGCUGAAAACCCUGUGUUUCCAUCUGGUGAUAGUGUUUUCCUGUUCUCACAUCCAACGUAGCAUCUCAGCUGUUCACUAGAACCAUUUUCUGUUGUGAUCCUUCCUGUCAAUGUGAUUAAAAUCUGAAAAUGAUAAAUAAACUGUUCUGCAGCA